UAUUGAUUAUUAUAUUUUAUCAUCACCUUAUUGUUGAUUUGUUUGUUUUUUAUUUACUUAAAGCUUCAUUUACAAAAAAACAACAAAAAAAAAACUGUCGCUGUCUUCAUUUAACACAGAGAGAAAUCUUUUUUAUCGAUACAAAAAAAAAAAAAAAAUUAGCGGCUAAAUUAGAAGUUAGAUUAUAAUCUAAUAUCUAAAAAGAAAUAAAUAAAUAAACAAGCUGAUGUUGAAUGAUAAUUGUUUGUUAUUAACAAAUGGCAGGUUUGUUGAUAAAAAAUAUUGCUCAACAACUCAAUACAAUGGUAACAGAAGAAUCAGAAUCUCUAUGUCAUCCUGAAAAAUCAAACAACAAUAACAGUAAUCCUACGUCAUUUAUUGAUAUUCUACGUCAAUUAGUUCGAGAUGAUAUUGGUUCAUCAUCAGAUGCAAUUGAUAACACACGAAUUCAAGUACCAGCUAUUAAAAAAUCAACAAAUCGUUGGGCUGAGUCAAUGGCUAAAUGUAAGCUAGAAUUAGUAUUUUUACAAUGCACUGUUUGGUUGAAACAUCUUGCUGGAGCAUCAAAUUACAUACCAUCUGAUGAGCUAAUGAAAAUUAUUGAAGGACUUGAUGAUGAAAAAUUAUCAAAGAUAAAUAAUGAUACACUUGACAGUGACAUUGUUCCAGGAACACCACAAUUAUCAAAGAAAAAAAUUAAUAAUACAAAAACGACAACAAUGACAACACCACAAAGAACAUGGCCUGGAAAAAUUGAUAAACCAUUGGGUUUUCAUGAUGGUAAAACAAGUUUAAUACCAUCAUCUGAAGAUGGUUGUAGUCAACAAAGUGCUGAUUUAUUUGAUUCCCAAUCAUUACCAGAUAAUCAAAUUAGUUAUUAUGACAGUGGUAUGCAUUCAAUGCUUGGUCAAAAGACCAAUUGUCAAUCAAGUGUUGAUAAAAUCAAUGAACAAACUGGUCCACCAGUUAAAAAAAAAAAGAAAAAUGAAUCAUUGUUUGUUUCAUCAGCUGUGUUGUCAUCAUUUUUGGCUAAUCAUCCAUUUAAUAAUAUUGGCUUGCAAGUUGUACGUGUAUUACUAUGUGCACUUGAAAGAAAAGAUACAUUUAAAUAUUCACGUUAUCAUUAUGAAGAAAUUAAAGAAGCUGUUGAUGCUAUUAUUAAUUUUAUAAAUUGUAUUGAAAAAGAAGAAGAUAUUUAUUAUGGAUAUGUUAGCUUUUGUGUUCCUGUUGCUGUUGAUAGUAUAGAAAAAAUUUGUUUCGAUUAUGACAAUGAGGAUUAUGAUGAUGACAUUGAGGAAAUGGAACGAUUAAUAUUGAUGAAAAUUAUUCUUGAGCUUUGUAACAUCAAGUCCAUUUGUGAAAGAACAAUAAGCAUGAUAAUUAGCAAAAUUCAUAGCUUAGAAAAAUUAUAUACUGGUGAAAAUAAAUUAGCACCAUCAGGAAUUGAUUAUAAAAUAAUGGGUCUUGGUUUUUGUGUUGAUUUAGUGAUGAAUAAAUAUUUGGAAAUGUUUUUAAAAAAUUAUACUGAAACAAAAAUUGAUUGGAAAAGAAAAUUUAAUCAAUCAAAAACAAGUGAAAAUUUUAUUAUAACAAUUGUUGAAGAAUUUAAAUUAAUUUAUAAAACAAAUAGAUUAAUUUUUCCGCAAUUUGGAUUUUUAAUCAAAGAUAUUUGGAAACGACUUGUUGAAAAAAUUCAACCAAGUGAUUAAUAAUAUUUUUAAAUGUUAAUAUAAAAUUAAUAUAAAUUAUUUUACAUGAAAAUAAUGAUAUUUAUUAUUUUAAAAUUAUUUAAAUAAAUAAUUUUUCAGUUAAAAA